AUGUUUUUUGGGGCAUCUUCAGCAAACUGGGAGGGUGCCCCGUCCCCGCAUCCCCCCCAUCCCCGCAAGCUUUGGGGUCCCCACAAGCUUUGGGGUCCCCACCCCUCUGGCCGCUCCCUGUUCAGGUCCCUCCUACUCUUGCAGGGCUACGAGCCGACCGUGUAUUACCCCAAGCGCCCCAACAAGCCCCUCUUUGAAGGUUUGACCACCCAGUGCCAGAAGAUGGACAUCCCCUUCCUCCCCGAGUUCCCAAGCGAGGCUGCGCUCAUCGAUGAGCUCUACGGCCUGGUGGUGGAUGCGAUUUUUGGGUUCAGCUUCAAGGGAGCGGUGCGGGAGCCCUUCGGCAGCAUCCUCAGCACCCUGGAGCGCAUCACGGUGCCCAUCGCCAGCAUCGACAUCCCCUCGGGCUGGGAUGUGGAGAAGGGGAAGGCAGACGGGCUCCAGCCCGACAUGCUCAUCUCCCUGACGGCACCCAAGAAGGCAGCAAUGCAUUUCGCCGGCCGCUACCACUUCCUCGGGGGCAGGUUUGUGCCCGCCGCGCUCCAGAAGAAAUACGCUUUAAACCUGCCACCGUACCCCGAGACAGACUGCGUCCUGCAGCUGACCUAGGGCUGGGGCUCGGCGUGCCGGGCUAAGGCUUCGGCACAGCAGAUCAGGGCCUAAUUCUGCCAAAGCUGCAGCUGUCUCCUAGGAGGAUGCUCAGCACCUCACUGGGCUCCAGUCCUACCCAGUUCUGGCAGCGGGAUCGAAGUUCACUGCAGACCAAAGCCCCCAGGACCGAUGGGGGCGGCUGCCAGGCGGGCUCCGUUUGGGGUUGCUACCUAAUCCGAGUGCUUCUAGGUGUAGACACGAUCUGGGAUCCCGGGGUCUGCCACGUAUCUGGCACUCCAGGAGAGUUUCACUGCAAUAAAGAUAUAUUU